CAAAAAGCAUAUACAAAAAUGGUAUGUUUAAACCAGAGUUAGGGAAGUUGAGAUGCUGACUGUGGAUGAAUGUAAUGUGGUGUGCUAUGUUGGUUUCGUCGUUGGACGAGCUGCUCAAUUGGAGAAGAUGAGCGGUCAGGGAUAUAACGGCGGUGUUAAUGACAGCACAUUCAUACGCUACUGAAACGUAUUCCUCCCUUGUGAGCGCGCGCCAUUGCCAUCUACAGUGUAUCAGGUUGCUUACUGUAUAUCUAUAACUUGGAGCGUUACUAACAAUUGAGUGUAGUCAAGAUCAGGGUGAGUCAAUGCUUGAAUGUUGUUGUCCGAGCAAUGUGUGUACUAACAGGUGAUAGUGUUGUUGCCUCUGACGAGGCCCUUAAGGCUUUCAACGAUUUGAAGUUGGGUAAGAAGUACAAAUUCAUCCUCUACGAGUUGAACCCAAGCAAGACCGAGAUUGUUGUCAAGGAGGCUUCCGACUCUGCUGACUAUGACGACUUCCUCGCAAAGUUGCCAGAGAACGAUGCUCUCUACGCCAUUUACGAUUUCGAGUACGAAUUGCCAGGUGAAGGUAAGAGAUCCAAGAUUGUCUUCUACGCUUGGUCUCCAGAUACUGCUCCAAUCAAGUCAAAGAUGGUUUACGCUUCGUCUAAGGAUGCAUUGAGAAGAUCCCUUAACGGUAUUGCGGCUGAUAUCCAAGGUACCGACUUCUCUGAAGUCUCUUACGACACAAUCUUGGAGACCGUUUCAAGAGGUACCCAUUAAACCACUACUGGAAAGA